GAUAUGAUGUGGAUGGAUAUUUGGGGAACAAAAACAUUUUGUUCAGUCCCAGUUCGGCUCCAUCUCCGUGCUCAGCCUGCUGCGUCACUCUGGCGUCUUUAACCCGUCCAAUCGGAUUGAGCUGCUCCUCUGAUCCUCUUGCUCACCAGCUGUCGCCUCUUAGAGGGAAGCUGCAGGAUCUGGAUCAGUUCAGACACAGACAUGGUGGCGAUUCCCAGCAGGUACAGCCAGCAGCUCCCAGCUGCCUGUGACCUCUGACUCCUGCUCCGGGAAGUGGGUCGGGACCAGCAGGAUGUCGGCGAGGACGUUGCCGCUAGUCUUCAUUAACCUGGGAGGAGAAAUGCUCUACAUCCUGGACCAACGCCUGCGUGCGCUAAACACGUCUGAGGACCAAUCAGAGACAGGAGUUUGGUCACAACGAGACAGGAAACGAGUUCUGAAUGACGUGGUCGGCACCAUGUUCAGUAAGUCCUUCAUGGAUGAACUCCUGAAGCCUCAGCAGCUGUAUUCCCACCGGACCAUGAAGACGGUUCUGACCCGGUUGGCCCACUCCUCCAUCAUGAGGCUCAACCCGGCCAGCAUGGACAGGCUGUAUGAGCUGAUGAUCAUGGCCUUCAAGUACCAGGUUCUGCUCAGCCCGCGGCCCAGAGACCUGCUGCUCGUCUCCUACAACCACCUGGACGCCGCCAGGGCCUUCGUCAGAGACACGCCGGCCGUCCUCAACCAGGUGGACGAGACGCACAGGAAGAUCAUCGAGGUUUACUCCAGAUUAUCAGACGGAGAAUUCCAGCUGCUCAGACAGACGCUGCUCACCUUCCUGCAGGACAUGCACACCCGGGUUUCUGUUUUCCUGAAGAACCAGAUCCAGAACCCCAGCGGCCGGUUUGUCCUGAUGACGUCCGGUCCGGUUCCGACCGGAGUAGAUGUACCGGGACUGAUCAGGACCUUUGACCCCAGAGGGAAGGAAGUGGGUCGGAGCGAGUUCCCGCCUGGAGGAACCUACAGCGGUUCUGUUGGUGAAGGAUCGUUUGAGCUGAGCGGAGACAGAGUCCUCAAGCUGGGCCAGAACCUGUACCAAGCCGAGCAUCCGGAGGAGACCCAGAAGUCCAGAACACCUAGAGCCCAGCCGGACAGAACCAACCCGCUGGCCAAGGAGGAGCUGAACCUGCUGGCCCGGCUCAUGGGCUGCAUGAAGUCCAGGUCCGUUCCCACCGCAGCGCCGCGGUUCCGGAUCAGCUUGUUCCCCUCGGACCCGGAGGAGGAUGAGGAGAGCGGCGCUCCAGCAGAGCAGGCGGCCAUCUUCCAGGUGAUCAACAUCCAGGCUGUGCAGGAUGAAGAGGCGGCGUCGGCGCUGGCCCGGAUCGCCGGACAGUUUACUGAUGAAGAGGCGGAGCUGGAAAAUCCCAGCGGCAGUAAAGGAGACGACCUGCUGGCCAUGAUGGAUGACCUCUGACCUCAGAACAUAUUAACUCCUCUAAAACCCGAAAAACCAAUAAAAUAUAAAGUGAAAAUGCAAGUUAGUUUAAACUAGAGCCAGUCUAGAAUAAAUGGAAUAUGAAUACAGACGGGAACUAAUAAACAGAACCAG